AUGUCCUGGUUGGAUGCUCAGAGUCACUGCAGACUGCACUACACAGACCUGGCCUCUGUGAGGGACAUGAAGGACCUGCUGAGACUGAGGACCGCUGCCAAUGGACUCACAGACCUUUGGACCGGACUCCAUCGGACCAGUGAGCGCCCCACGGUGUGGCACUGGUCUCAGGGCGCAUUCCAGUACAACGAAGGAGAAGCUCAGUGGGCGGCCAGGGAACCCAGCAAUACUAGAGGAUCUGAAAACUGUGUGGAGACUUAUGUUGAAGAUACCUGGAACGAUGAACGCUGUGGUCUUUCUAAAAACUGUUUCAUCUGCUACGAUGAGGCCUCCAGCAGUCCUGUGAUGGUCUCUCAGUCUGAGACCUGGUUGGCGGCUCAGCAGUACUGCAGGAAACACUACACAGACCUAGUGAGCGGGCCGGACCAGCAUGCACUGUUCCUGCAGACCUUCCCUGUGCGUAGCUCUCCUUGUUGGAUCGGUUUGUCCCGGGACAACUGGGGCUGGUCCGAUGGAAGCAACUCCCCGUUCAGAAGCUGGGAGUCAGAGGUGAAUCCACAGACGGAGAAGUGUGCGAGUCUGAGAGCGAGCGGCCGAUGGGAGAGCGCGGACUGUGGACUGAAGAAGAGCUUCGUCUGCCACGGAGAAUUGAAAACUAAAAAGACUGUGGUGAAACUCAAAAUGUCGGCGGCUGUGGAUCUGAACUCCCUCAGUCCCCAAAUACUGCACCAGCUGCAGGAACGGUUGAAGGCGAACCAUCUGGGCCACUUAAACCUGAGCUGGAAGAAAGACAAGAACCAGUGUGUUUUCAAAAAGCAGAUGUCUUCUACCAUGAAGGGACCAGGACCAUGUGACGCUGCCUAA